CCUCUUCGUCUCGGCGUUCUCUCACGUUUGUGUUCCCCCAAAUCUCCCCCAUCCACUGACAAAACCCUUGCGGCGUUGCGCUCCCACCAGAACCCUCUCCCCACCUUCUCUGGCGGCGGAGCGGGGGUUCGGCGCGCGAGCGAGCGAGAUGGACCGUCCGGCGGCCGGCGCGUCGUACCAGCGGUUCCCCCGCGUCCGGAUCCGCGAGCUGAGGGACGACUACGCCAAGUUCGAGCUCCGCGACACCGACGCCAGCAUAGCCAACGCCCUCCGCCGCGUCAUGAUCGCCGAGGUCCCCACGGUGGCCAUCGACCUCGUCGAGAUCGAGGUCAACUCCUCCGUCCUCAACGACGAGUUCAUCGCGCACCGCCUGGGGCUCAUCCCCCUCACCUCCGCCGCCGCCAUGCAAAUGCGCUUCUCCCGGGACUGCGACGCCUGCGACGGCGACGGCUCCUGCGAGUACUGCUCCGUCGAGUUCCUACUCUCCGCGCGUGCCACCGACUCCGACCAGACUCUCGAGGUCACAUCCAACGACCUGAGGUCCGCCGACCCCAAGGUCUGCCCCGUCGACCAGGCGCGCGCCUACCAGCAGGCGCUCAGCGCCGACUUCGAGUCCAGCGCCGGGGAGCACAGGGGAAUACUUAUUGUAAAGCUGCGCCGGGGGCAAGAACUGAGGCUUCGUGCCAUUGCUAGGAAAGGAAUCGGCAAGGACCAUGCCAAAUGGUCACCAGCUGCUACUGUGACUUUCAUGUAUGAGCCUGACAUACAUAUCAAUGAAGAACUCAUGGAUACAUUGACGCUUGAUGAGAAAAUAAGUUGGGUCGAAAGCAGCCCUACAAAAGUAUUUAACCUUGAUCCUAUUACCAAACAGGUAACGGUGUGUGAUGCUGAGGCAUACACCUAUGACGAUGAGGUGAUCAAGAAGGCGGAGGCCAUGGGGAAGCCAGGCCUGGUGGAGAUCAACGCGAAGGAGGACAGCUUCAUCUUCACUGUGGAAACAACUGGCGCCAUCACAGCCUACGAGCUGAUCAUGAACGCGAUCACGGUCCUGCGGCAGAAGCUGGAUGCUGUCCGCCUCCAGGACGACGACGGCGACCUUGGCGAGCUCGGCGCCCACCUUGGCGGACCUUAAGCAUCUUCCUCCCCUCCCCAUUGUAGUAGGCUCAUCUAACUGCCCUGCUAGUCGAACAGCCUGAUGCCCCUCUAAAUUGUCCAGACUGUAUUUCCGAAACGUCCAGUACGAUGUUGUGGACUUGUUUGCGCCGUGGCCUUUUUCUUUUACGGAGCUCGUCUCAGCGUCGAUCUGGCAACGAUUGAUCCCGCGCCGUUUGGGAGAGAAAUCUGAUACAUGGCUGAUGUGGAACAAGAACGCGGAGGUGGUACGCGGUA